UACACUACCAAACAACUUUAUUUUUUAUUUUUAAUAUAUUUUGAAAAAUGAACAAAUAUUUUUAACUUAAUUAAAUAUUAUUUUUUAAAAAAAAAAAAAAAAUUAACAACUAGCUAAGAAGAGAAAGCCAAACCACAAACCCACGGACCUCCACCUUCGACGGCCAUGGCGGCGGCGACGGCAACACCACUCUGUGCUUCAACUCUUCCUCCACACUACUCCAAUACCUCCCCCAAAUCAUUCAAUCACUCCCAUUUCACGGUCGCAGUUCCCAGAAAUCUCUUCUCAUCGUCCUCAAUUUCAUCUCUAAGACAAUCGAAAACGACGCCGCUUUCGGCUCUGCCUUCUGUAUCGGCCGCCGCGACCACCGCUUUGAACGCUGAGCAAGCUCCGUCUGAGGUAUCUGCUACUCCCUCAAAGGCUCUUCCUUUUCGGGUUGGUCAUGGGUUUGACCUUCAUCGAUUGGAGCCUGGGUAUCCUUUGAUAAUUGGAGGUAUUAAUAUACCUCAUGAGAAAGGUUGCGAAGCUCAUUCUGAUGGGGAUGUUUUGCUUCAUUGUGUAGUUGAUGCUAUUUUGGGUGCUUUGGGGCUUCCUGAUAUUGGUCAAAUUUUCCCUGAUUCUGAUCCCAAAUGGAAAGGGGCUGCAUCAUCAGUUUUCAUCAAAGAAGCUGUGAGACUGAUGCAUGAGGCAGGUUAUGAGCUUGGAAAUUUAGAUGCAACAUUAAUUCUUCAAAGACCAAAGUUAAGUCCACACAAGGAAGCUAUCAGAGCCAACUUGUCUGAACUUCUAGGAGCUGACCCUGCAGUUGUUAAUCUGAAAGCGAAAACUCACGAAAAGGUCGAUAGUCUCGGGGAAAAUCGAAGCAUCGCUGCUCACACUGUGGUUCUUCUUAUGAAAAAGUAGAAAAGAAUAUGCUUGGAAAAUCCUUGUCAAAAACAUGUGGUUAGUAGUUGUAACUUCCAUAUACUAAUUACAAUUCUUACAUAAUGUAAAUGUCACCCUUUUCGGAAAAAGAAAUAAAGAACAAUAUAUGUCUCAGAAAAAUGUUUGACAUUUAUGAAUAACUGAUUAAAUUUGAUAA